GGACACUUAUGAAAAUGCAUUUGUUCUUGCAGGUAGCUAUAGUAUGGCUGUCCGCUGGGGUGGGAGAAAGUGUCUGUCCCCACCUAGACACUGGGCUGCUGAAAUGGGGAGAGAAAAGUUCCUGGGCCUCCAAGGUAGUGCCGAAAGAAGGGGACAAGGUUCUGAUUCCAUCAGGCAAGAAGCUCGUCCUGAAUGUGUCCCCGCCCUGUCUGUCCUCCAUCACCAUCGAGGCUGGAGCAGCGUUAGUCUGGGGCGACGUGGACAACCUCAACGUCUGUGUCAGCUACAUCCUCAUCAGAGGCCGCCUCCAGAUCGGCAGUGAAGACUGCAGGUUCACCAGGAAAACUCACAUCAGACUUACAGGUGAAAGCAACUCCACGCUGUCUGUUUCUGGCUUUGGGAGGAAGUUUAUUGGCGUGGCUGCAGGAGGCACGAUUGAGAUACAUGGAGAAGAGAAGCCAUCAUGGACGAAGUUGAUCCAGACAGCUGAACCAAGCACCUGUGACAACCUCUUUAAUUUCCAGAGAAGCCUGUUCCAGGUGGAAUCUUCCCGAGGUCUGUAUGUGUCUGUGUUUAAUGAGGACAGCUCUCUGUGGGACUUUGCCGUGUUCAGGACCGGGGAGGACACCGCUGACGAGGACCUAAAAUUUAAGGAAUUCAUAAAAAGUGUUCCCCGAGACAAGAUUCUGGCAGUAGCUCUUCAAGGUGAACUUGGAACUGGGGACAUGACCGCUGUGUACACAGCACUGGACGCUGCUGGGGGUCUGACGUCAUCAGUUAUCAGGAACGUCACAGGCAGACAGGCUUACGCCUUUAUCACAAGAAUCGGUCACAGUGAUACAACCAUCGAGAGACAUGUCAUCAACCCACGCCACAAAGACAUUGUAGAAACCGGCUACCUGGCUGUCGAUGUCAAUGGAUUCCAGUUCAGUGUGAACAGCAAAGUCUUUUCAAAUGCGAACAAAAAGAGAGGUGUCGACUUUCGAGUUCUUCCAGCGGAAACAGCCUACCCAUGCCUGAAACUGAACGCUGAUGUCUCGGCGUGGAGGCCCGGUGAUAAGAUCGUCCUAGCUUCCACCGACUUUAACUGGAGACAGGCUGAAGAAAUGACCAUCAAGAGUUGUCCUUCUUGUGCCGUCAACGAGAUCUGUCUGACAGAGCCACUGAAAUACAUGCACUAUGGGGAGGUAACUCUUGGUGUGGACGAGAGGGCGGAAGUGGGACUGCUGAGUCGGAACAUCCUCAUAGAGGGCGUGAUACCGGAAGAGGGCUGCAGUAUCAACGAGCCGGAAGAUCAGUACCUCUGUGACUUGUUUGGAUUUGACACAUUCGGAGGUCAUAUCAAGAUUGUGAAAGGCUUCAAGGCAGCUCGCAUUCAAGGCGUUGAACUCUACCACAUGGGGCAGCAGAGAUUUGUCGGUACCUACCCUCUUCACUUCCACAUGUGCGACGACGUGGACGGCAACUGGUUCCGUCACAACUCCAUCCACCACUCCUUGACGAGAUGCGUCACUGUCCACGGCUCCGAUGGCGCUGAGGUGUCUCACAAUGUGUGCUAUCUCCACCACGGCCACGGCUUCUUCCUGGAGGACAGCGCAGAGCAGAGGAACGUCUUCGACAGCAACCUUUGUAUCGGCACCAUGCACGGCACCCACAUCAUGUCCGACAUGAAGAAGGAAUGGUGCAAUUCCACCAUGAAGGAAUUCUGCGACGCCCUCUCCUCCUACUGGAUCACUCACCCUAACAACACCUUCAUCAACAACGUGGCCGCCGGCUCAGAUAAUGCAGGAUUUUGGAUCCUUGGGUCUCGUCUCCCCCUCGGCCCCUCCCGACAACGCCAGCUGGAGAGGGGGUUGGUGCCAGAGUUCCAUGCCAUGCAGACAAAGAUCAAAGAAUUCAGAAACAACACGGCUCACUCAAAUGUGGAUAGAGGCCUCCGGAUUGACAAACGCAUUUCUCACGGACAAUACAAGAACAAAGUAUAUGUCCCAGAGAAUGGCGUUCUUGGUGCCAAGGUGUCUCACACACCUAUGACUUCCCCAUCAAAAACUGGAGGGCAGUUUGAUAAGUCCUACCUAUAUGGAUUUACAGCCUACAAAAACGGAGGCACAAAUGUCUGGACUAAAGCUGGGAUCGUCAUUAUGAGUAAUUUCACGCUGGCCGAUGCUAUGCAGGGUAUCACCAUGGCGUCGGCUGAUACAGGGACAUAUGCCAAGCUGACCAACUCCAUGCUGGUGGGCGAGACAGAUAACUUGGGUGUUUCGCAGGAACCAUUCGGACGUUCCAGAUCUGGCAUAGCGGAGGAACCGCUUCAGGGAGUUGUCUUCUACCAGGGUCCAGGCCACGUGACCAAUACCUUCUUUAACAAAUAUGAGACGAAGACGUCAGGGUCAGUGACCAGAUACGCAGGGGCCGUCAGCGUGAAGCGCAGCAACCCCUACCCCCCUAAAGCCAGCAGCCAUGUUGAGGGGAUCAAGUUCGGCUUCUGUGACAUGAUAGAGGGGAACUGGGCGUAUAAGGGAGACCCAUCUGUUCCGCUUAUGAGGAACAGGGACGGCAACAGACAGAUCACCUUCCGAGACAUCGACGGCAGCGUCUCCGGGACUGCGGGGACCCAGUUCGUGCCGAACACACGUUUCCACACCACUAACCAGUGUGACUAUAGGCCGGUCUCGAACUUCGCAGUGUGUCCCCAUGACUACGCUAAGGCUGUCUUUAGUGGCGACGGAGCCCUUAAAACAUUGAAGUCCAACUAUCCACUGUACAUGCGCCGGGACGACCGACCUGUUGAUGCGUUUGCCUUGAAAGGCACCAAGGGAAAUGCCUACCUGGUCAUCAAGAAGAAAUCCUAUACGGUCUAUUUCAACGGAACUGCUCCGACAAGGCUGAAGGUCGCAGGACAUAAUUUGGAAAGUGGUGACUAUGUCAGACUUGGACUGUGCUACCCUAAAGACGUGACCAGCUUCAGCUUCUCCAGUGGACUUCCUAUGAUAGGGUCAUCUACUCCUGCUUUCAAAGUCAGCAGCAUCAGUGACCUGGACAGCGACACCACCGGGAGGGCCUACUUCUGGGACAAGGCUACAGGCCUGCUUUUCAUCAAGAUGUAUUCCAAUGUCGACCGUGUUGAUGGAGAGAGAUGUCCAGGAUACAAGUGUCCGUAUAUCAUCAUCACUAGAACCGGUGGCAGUAACAGCCUUGCAGACUGCUUUCACGACGCAUACGAUGGAACCUACAACCAGCCUGAAGAUGAUGCAGUGAAUAUUCCCAAAGCUAAACCUUGUGUUACGACUAAGUCAAAGGAACCUGACAUCCAGGGCUUUGGUGCCGAGGUGGAGUCCAACUUCUUCAGUGCUGCACCUUCUACACCAGUGUGUCCAGCUGAUCCUGUACAUAAAGGUCGAACUAAACCCGAGCUGAAGGGCUGUUUCAAAGACUCCUCAACCUACAGAGAUAUCCCCUAUGCUUUUAUCGAGCUACCAAUGUCCAUGACGGUGGACACCUGUGUUGAAAGAUGCUACAACCGGGGUUACAUCUACGCUGCUCUGCAGGGCGGUACGGAGUGCAGAUGUGGUAAUAUGUAUGGAGGCUUUGGAACCAGCACCAUGUGCUCCAAACCCUGUUCAGGCAACACAACCGUCAACUGUGGAGGUUCCCUGGCUAAUGCUGUCUACACCACCGGCAACACUACAUUGCCAGCCAGAAUCACGUGCGGGCCUGGAGACAACGGCGCAGUGAUUGACGGGAAGUGUUAUUACCUCACUUCCGGUAGAUACUCUUACGUUGAAGCUCAAAGGCAGUGUGUUCUACAUGGUGGUGAGCUUGCGACCAUCAUGUCGGACACUGUCCAGUCUCAGGUUGAAUGCUACAUGAGACCAUAUAAGGCUGACGCCUGGUUUGGUCUGAACGACGUUGUCAAUGACGGCACUUACACCUUCGUCGAUGGUACACCCUUAGGCAGCUACAGCAACUUUAUUCUAAACCAAGGAUUGUCUUCAGAGCGUGACUUUGGAGUGCUGACUGCACGUAGCCUUUACCGUUGGGACGUCAGGGAAGACGCGACUCACCCGGCUUUGUGCCAACUGCCUAUGCCGGUCGCAGUACCAGUCCGUUGUGGUCAGAAUAAUUACGGUCAGCGACUGGAAGGCGGCGGCUGUUACCUUGUUAUCGACACAGCCGUUGACUACAUCACAGCCCGUUACGCCUGUCACACUAGACGGGGGACACUGGCGGAUGUCUCGACUCCCCGCAAGUUGGCAGCAGUGACGGAACACAUCUUCAGGUUUGGUCGGACGAUGAACUACUGGAUAGCUGAAGAACAUGGUGACAUUAUUGAUUUGGACCACGCUUUGAUUUACAGUAAGAAGAAGGCGAACAAAGAAACCAAGAACGGCGUCGUGUGCAGCAUUGAAACCCUGUCUUCUACAAGACCAUGUUCAACUGACUGGCUCCACAAAGACGGCAACUGCUACCUGAACAGCGGGGACCGCGGCAACUACGACAAAGCCAAGUUGUUCUGCAAUCAAGGCGACAGCAUGGUUGUCACGGUUCUCAGUGACCAUGAAAACUCCUUCGUCGCAGACACCGUGAAGACAAAGACACUCGGUCCCAGUGUCUAUAUUGCUCCAGGACACGUGGACAACAAGGCCACCAGUGACGACGACGGGUCUUCAUCAGCCUACACCAACUGGGACAACAAGCGGGGCAAGGGUAAAGGAAGCUGCGUUCUACUGGCAUCUCACAACUCGAAAUGGCGGAACACCAAGUGUAGCAGGAUCGCAGCCAUCAUGUGUAAAGCCCGGGCUGUGUCAUGAGACACGCUGUGGCGGAAGUCCGUCGAGAUAUCUGCAGAUUGAAGGGGUGCAUGGGAUCUUUUGGUUUUAUUUUAUCAAGUCAAUUAGACAGGGUUUUGUUUUCAAACGGUUUUAAUUUCAGAAAUAGAUGUUAGUGUAGACCCUCCAUUUUCGUCAUGGUCAAUUUGUAGACUUCCUCACCACAGUAUGUCACUUCAUUACUAGCAUGAGAGCAGCACACGUGUGUAUCCGAGGUUCUAUGUUUUGUGGUGUUAUAUAUUUAUGCAUUAUGUACUGUAAAUAAUGUGUUUAUUUUAUGUGAUGGACUCGUGCAAUACUAGAGUGAGGGAAUGGGUGAGUUUAGUUGUACGCCGCACUCAGCAAUAUUCCAGCUAUAUGGCGGCGGUCUGUAAAUAAUCGAGUCUG